AACAUUUUGAACGGCAAUCAUUAAAACUCCCGUGACAGUUUCGUUUAGUCAUAUAUCAGUUUUAAAGCACACAAUGAAAUUUCCAGGAGUAAUUUUGAUUCUGUUACAGGUACAUCUCAGCAAUGGAGAGGAUGCUCACUGUUCUAGAUACCACUACGAGGAGCAAACAUUAGCUAAAAUAGUUAGGAUGGAGCACAGGCUGGAAGAAUUAGAAAAACGUAGGGAUGCUGAUUGUCACUGUCCGGACGGAUGGGUCACAUUUCAAGGUUCAUGCUAUUUGUUCUCUCAAGCUGAAGUCAACUUUCUUGAUGCUGAGGUACUCUGUAGUCAGACUGGCGGACACCUCGUACGAGUCGAAAGCGAACAAGAGAAUAACUUCCUUAAACAUUACAUGAAACAACUGAAAAAUGCUCACUACUGGAUGGGCCUGAGCGACAUGGACCAAGAGGGAACGUUCAAGUGGUAUGGUACAAAUGACGUGGUAUCAUUUACUGACUGGAUUUCCGGUGAACCGAGCAACGGAGGUGGAACAGAACAUUGCGUUCAUUUUUACCAUGGACAUAGUUAUUCUUGGAAUGACGCUCAAUGUAACAGUUUGAUGAAAGCAGUAUGUGAACAGAAAUCAAAAUGAUUUUGAAAAGCAAUUACUAAGUUUCAACCACUUUAACUCUUCUUUGGUUCUUCGAGGGUCGUGUUUUAGUGCUUAUUCUACUUUUUUUUGUAAUCAAUCAAGUGUACAAAACAGCUUUAGCCCGCCCGCUUAACUAAGCAGGCAGAGCACAGAUCUACGGAUCGCGAGGUCGUGAGUUCGAUCCCCAGGCGAGGCAUAUGUUCUCCGUGACGAUUUGAUAAAAAAAAACAUUGUGUCUGAAAUCAUUCGUUCUCUACCUUUGAUUGAUGUGGGGAAGUUGGCGAUUACAGGUUUGUACUGGUACAGAAUCCAGGGACACUGGUUAUGUUAACUGCCCGCCGUUACAUAACUGAAAUACUGUUGAAAAAUGGCGUUAAACCAAAACAAAGAAAAUAAAACAGGUAUGAUGAAACAAGGUAUAUAACUGCAUAUAAAUGUCGAUUUAACCAGUUAUUUAAAGGAUAUAAAAACAGAACGUACGGAGACAUGCAUAUAAACUGUGACAAUAAACGAUCUAUUUUGUAUUCAUUUUGUAGGACUGUAAGAAAAUGGUUGUAAUAAACUACAACUUCUAGACCCCAUAAAUUGUAAACUAUU